AUGAGCCAGAAGGUUCUAGUGACACGGAGGCAACUUGCGGAGUUGAAGCAGAGAGCAGCACAAUUGGAGAACUAUGCAAGUGACCGUCACACAUCUUUAGAUAACUAUUAUACUCCCCCAGACGGAGAAAAUCCUGAAUCUGGAUUAGUGAAUCCACUAGUCUCUGGGCCACCUGCCUUUAUGUCACCGGGCAAUGGAAGAACUUAUUAUCUAGGGACAUCCUCUAAUUGGUCCUUCGCUCGACGCGUACUCAGUAUGGUUCAUGAACAUGUCCACAAAGAAUCCUUGCCAACAGAGGCGCUGGCGUUCGAGGGGACUGCAUAUGACCUAGGCUGGGACGGAUCUCGAACUGAUCCGAGUCCAGAAAGCCCUGUCAUUCCAACUCUUGACCAUGCCAUAUUCCUGAUCAAUGCCGUCAGGUUUCGCUGCGGGCAGUUAUACCACUUGUUUGAUGACAGUGACUUUAUGGAAUCACUCUAUAGUUUCUACUCGGAAGAUCAGCGGACAAGACCGAGGGGGCUAUGGUACAUCCACUUUCUUAUCAUUAUAGCUUUCGGGAAAAUGUUCACUCAAGUGAAGUACCUUAAAGGAAAGCCCGCUGGCAUCAGCCUUUUUGUCAAAGCUUUGCAAAUACUGCCAGAUCACACCCUCCUUUACUCCUUGCCGAUGGUGGGCCAAGCGAUGAGAAUGGCCAUGGCUCAUGGCAUGCACACCUGCAUGUCCGUCAUGGACCUGGGACGGGAUAAUGUGGAGAGGUGCAGGAAGAUUUGGUGGACUGUCUAUAUUCUGGACAGGCACAUGACAUCUAUCCAGGGGCUUCCGCAGUCUGUCGACGACCGCUUCAUUCAAGCCAAGUUGCCCUCUCCUGAAACCUCUGAAAAAAAUACAAGCUUAGACAUGCAGAUCAAAUUAUGCCGGAGCAUAGCUGAUAUCAACACCAAAACCUUCCUCACUUUUGAUCUGGAAUCUCUUUUCAUCUCCACGGUGGUUCUUCUAAUGGCUCCGGCAAUUGACCGUCAAUUGGUAGUCAACGAUACGUGGUGGCAUGCUACAGCGGACCUAAUAUUCAAUGACAUGGUCGAGGCUGGGAAUCAGAUAGCACGGUUCCGGCAAUCGGAAAUACAGCAGCUAGACGAGAAACUGGACUUGCUCAUGCCACGCCAGGACCAGAAUGGGCAAUUCAAUGCUGAAGUUCCUCUACACUCUAUCACAAAACAGCCGCUUUCUUCACAUGAGGCUCAUACAGUAACGCCUAUUGAAGAGAAUUCUUGUUCUGAUCCGUUCCUUGGGGGUGAUUCCACACCGACGGCGGGAUGUGCAUUUGAGCCAUCGUUGACAUCUGCUGAGAUGAUGGCCAUGGUGAACUCGAUCGAAUUGUUUGAUGCAGAAUGGGUAUCGACGAUGAUGGACAACCAUGCUAUCUGGUAG